ACCACUGCUACCACUGCUACUGCCACUAUUACUCAUCUGUGACUGCCCUUUGCAUGUGCUUCGGCGCUGUUCCCAUUGGCUGCUGCUUCCUCCCCGCUUCCCCUUCCCCAGACUCAGACUCACCUCAACUCCCGGGAUCCUUCUCCCAGAUUCCAAACCACAACCAACAUGUCCCUCUCACCUAACCAUGUCAUCGUCGUAGGCGGAGCACUCGCAGGUCUCUCCGCCGCACACACAAUCAUCGAACAGGGCGGCAGUGUCCUUGUCCUUGACAAGAAUGGUUUCUUCGGUGGCAACUCCACAAAAGCCACCUCUGGCAUCAACGGUGCACUCACACGUACACAGGCAAAGCUCAAGGUGCCAGACUCAGCAGAACUCUUCUUCAAUGAUACCGUCAAGUCUGCACGCGAUCUCGCUCGUCCUGACCUCAUUAAAGUCCUGACCUACCAAUCUGCCUCGGGUGUCGAAUGGCUGCAGGACAAAUUCGGCUUGGGUCUCGACCAAGUUGCGCGUCUCGGUGGUCACUCGGAAGUCCGCACCCACCGUUCCAACACCGAAAUGUUUCCCGGUAUGGAAAUCACCUAUGCCCUCAUGGAGAAGAUGGAGGAUCUCGCUGAGCAAAUGCCAGAACGCGUCAAAAUCAUCAAAAAGGCACGUGUCACACAGCUCCUCAAGGAAGGUGACAAGGUCGUCGGUGUGGAGUAUGAGUUUAAGGGAAAGCAGUACAAGGAUCUCGGUCCUGUUGUCUUGGCAACGGGCGGGUACGCUGCAGACUUUGGCAGCAACUCUUUGUUGGAGAAGCACCGACCUGAACUCAUGGGUCUGUCAACCACCAACGGCAACCACUGCACCGGUGAUGGUCACAAGAUGAUCAUGUCGAUUGGUGGUAAAGCCAUUGACAUGGAAAAAGUCCAAGUCCACCCAACCGGUCUCGUUGACCCAACCGAUCCCAAGGCUAAAGUCAAGUUCCUUGCUGCUGAGGCACUGCGCGGUUCAGGUGGUAUCUUGCUGGAUGCCAAUGGUGACCGAUUCUGUGAUGAGUUGGGUCACCGUGACUAUGUUACUGGUAUGAUGAACAAGAACAAGUUCCCCAUUCGUCUCAUUCUCAACGGCAAGUCUACCAAGGCUAUUGAGUGGCACUGCAAGCACUACACGGAGCGUCGUCUCAUGAAGAAGUUCACCUCGGGUGCUGAUGUUGCCAAGGAGAUUGGUUGCUCUCCAGAACACCUUGCAGAGACCUUCAAAAAGUACACUGAUAUUGCAGCAGGCAAGGAGAAGGACCCUUGGAACAAGCGAUUCUUCCACAAUGCACCCUACACCAUGGAAGAUGAUCUUUGGCACGUGGCACUCAUGGAGCCUGUGUUGCACUACACGAUGGGUGGUGUUGAAAUCAACGACAAGUCGGAAGUCAUUGCAGAGAAUGGUAAACCUAUCGAUGGUCUCUUUGCCUGUGGUGAACUCGCUGGUGGCGUGCACGGUGCCAAUCGUCUCGGUGGCUCUUCAUUGCUCGGUUGUGUGGUGUUUGGUCGUGUGGCUGGUGCGUCUGCUUCGUCUGCCUUGUUGCAAAAACUCUCUUCCGGUCAGAGUGCUGCUGCUCGAUUGGGACAAAUCUCAAACCACAUCAACUUGUCCAUUGACCCAAACACCAAAUCCAUCAACAUUUCCUUUGCUGAAGGUGGUGCUGCAGUUGCUCAAGCUCAGCAGCAGCCACAGGGCCAAUCUGAUGCCGUGACGGAAGCGGUGAGUGAGAAGGCUGAGAAGCAAUCCACAGACAAGGAAUAUACCCUUGAGGAAGUGGCAAAGCACAAGUCGAAGGAUGACGUGUGGCUUGCUGUGCGUGGUAAAGUAUUGGAUGUGACGGAGUUUUUGGAGGAUCACCCAGGUGGUGUGCAGUCACUCAUGUUGCAAGCUGGUCGUGAGUGUACCGAGGCCUUUGAGAUGAUGCAUGCACCGGGAACCCUUGAGAAGCACGCAUCGCACUGCAUUAUUGGUACUUACAAGCAGUAGGGGGCUUUUGACCCUGCUGUUUCUUCUUCUUUCUAUAGUUUGGUGCUUUGUAGAGACCCUCAUUUGCUUUACUCCACCUGUGCGAGCCUUCAAACUGCA